UUGAAUGUCACAUGGGAAAUUGUGACGGUUUCUGUAGUAUGCCUUUGAGUUUUAUGUAUACUUUAGUAUCACUGUGAAACUUUAGAUAAUUUAAUUCCUCGAAAUGUAUCUCUGGAAGCGUGUGGACCAAAUCACAAGUUGUCUUUUGCUAGUGUAUAUGUAGUUUUAUUUCCAGGUUAAACAAAGAAAUAGGUUUUUGUAAACGCACGUUCAUUAUAAAUGUAUGGACAUCAAAGUUUUGUUCAGUUAUUUGUUUUAUCCAGCGAUGUUUUCGAGGUUUAUUUUGCACUAUGUCCGUUUUAGAAAAGAGUUUUGCAGCUUUAAACUUUCAACCUUUACAUCUUCUCGAAUUCCGUGUAUUGAGAAAAAGUCUGCCAGCGGUGAAUGCGUAAGCCAGCGAACUUGGGAAAGUCAAGUCCCUUUUCGAUGCCUGGGUACCAGCGUUUCACACAACGAAAAAUAUUACCUCACAACUCCGAUCUUUUACGUCAACGCCGGGCCACACAUUGGUCAUCUGUAUUCGGCGGUUCUUGCGGAUUGUCUCUGUCGCUAUAAACGUUUACGUGGCUUCAAGUCCAAAUUUUCCACAGGAACAGAUGAGCAUGGCUUGAAAAUACAACAAGCUGCAGCAGAUGCGGGGAAAGACCCAUUGGUGUUUUGUACAGAGGUGUCUGAAUCAUUUAAAGAUUUGUUCAAGACUUUCAACAUUUCCUAUACAGAUUAUGUAAGAACAACUGAAGAGAGACAUCUGAGAGCCGUUUCACACUUUUGGAAGAUCCUGUUUGAUAAUGGUUUCAUUUAUAAAGGAUCUUACCAAGGCUGGUAUUCCAUUCCUGAUGAAAGUUUCCUCACAGAAUCCCAGGUUACCAGUAGUCAUGAUAAAAAUGGAAAUCCAAUCAAGGUUUCAUUGGACAGUGGUCAUCAGGUGGAGUGGAUGAAAGAGGAAAAUUAUAUGUUCCGUCUCUCAGAAUUUAGAAUCCCUUUGCUUCACUGGCUCCAGGAACAUCCCAGAGUCAUUCAGCCAGAAAGGUUCUAUCAUAUUGUCCUCCGUUGGCUUGAGGAAGACCUUCCAGACCUUUCUGUAUCUCGCCAAAGAAGUCGUCUAAACUGGGGUAUCAAAGUUCCUGGAGAUCCUGAGCAAACUAUUUAUGUUUGGCUUGAUGCUUUGGUAAAUUACCUCACUGUAGCUGGAUAUCCUGAAGAACAUGAAGACUGGAGUCGGGUAACUUAUCAUGUGGUAGGCAAAGACAUUCUAAAGUUCCAUGCUAUCUACUGGCCAGCUUUUUUAAUAGCAUCUGGCUUACCUCUCCCUCAGGCAAUAUAUGUGCAUUCUCACUGGACAGCUAAUGGACUAAAAAUGUCUAAAAGUCUAGGGAAUGUAGUCAACCCACAUGAAAAGUCCCAAAGGUUUACAGUUGAUGGUCUAAGAUAUUUUCUUCUAAGACAGGGAGUCCCAGAUACAGACUGUGACUAUUAUGAUGAUAAGAUGGUCAAGCUGCUUAAUUCUGAGCUCGCUGAUUCUUUAGGGGGCCUUUUAAACCGUUGCACAGCUGUUAAUAUGAAUCCUGAACAAACAUAUCCUUCGUUUUGUACCACCUGCUUCCCUGAACUUACAUCAACUGGUUCAUCUAACAGAAGGUCUUCCAUGGAGGAUUACCACCUUAUAAAACUUGUGUCUUGUCUUCCAGCAGAGGUGGAGCAUCACUUUGAAAAUUUCAGAAUUUAUAAAGGACUGGAGGCCAUCAAUCAGUGCGUGAGACUAACCAAUGGAUUUGUCCAGAGACAUGCCCCAUGGAAGCUUAACAGAAAUGAUGAGCAUGACCUUCGUUGGCUCAACACCAUUUUGCAUGUUUCUUUGGAGUGUUUACGUGUGUUUGGGAUUUUGUUGCAGCCAGUCAUUCCUGUGUUGGCUGAUAGACUAUUAGACAGGCUCUCUGUAGAAAGUAGUGAAAGAACCUGGGAUGAUCUCGCAUUUCUAAGAAAGUAUAGGGGGGGCUACUGUCCCUUUGAAGGACGUGCUUUGGGUCCAGAUACUGGAGUGCUUUUCUGUCGGCUGGACAAAUUAGAAGCCAUGAAAACAUCCAUGAGAAGUAAAAAGUACUGAUUGGAUA